UCUGUAACUAUCCUUUAAAGCACCGCUCCUCUAAAACAGCAACAAGGAUCAUUAUUAGGCCAAUUGUAGAUAACACAAUAACUGAUGUUAUGUUAUAACUAAUAAUUGGGAAACGUAAAGUCUGAAACAAUCAAACAACACUGUUGGUCUGGGUCUAAACAUAGUGCGUCGUGUGUGACGUCUUCGUUUGCGCAUGCGGGCGCUUUGAGGGUUCACACUAGAGCGUGUUUGCUGUCGCAUUUUAUUUGUAGACAAAAAAAUCGGAUUUGAGCUUUAAGACCUGCAGUGUGAACGUAGCCAUAGAAUUGUAGGGCUGGCUCCCCUGACGACCCAAAAGAUAUCCAAGCACCCCGGACGUUCCCAUUCCAGUCCAGAAGCCUCCUCCUGCUCCAGGAGCUGCCUGGCCUCCUGGGUACUGGUGCCUGUGAGUGUAAUCCCUGUGGAAACAUGCAUGAACUGAGUGUGAAGGAGAUGUGAAACAGACUUGAAAUCCGUGGAUGCAGAUCAGGAUCAACUCCAAACUAAAAGCAUUUCCAAGUCCGAGCAAAUAUCUUCAGAUGUUCUUUAUUGAGAAAGAUGUCCCACGGGAGAGGCGGAGCCUGCGAUUGGUCAGCAGGUCUGACUUCAGGAGUCCAAACCUGGACGUUUCGUCAUGUUGAUCUGAGGGGCUUUAGGACCCUGUGGAGGACGUCUCUGCUGACACACACCUCCUCUGUAUUCAGCGCACAUGCCUCUUCUCUCCUCCUCCUCCUCUCCACCUCCUCUCUGCAGGAGAGUCAUUUUCGGAGCAGACGGCCGCCCGCCCGCCCGCCUCUCUCCUCUUGCGGCUUUUUUGGAAAUACGGAGCUUCGCAUCGGGAACCCGCCGCCUCUCAGCCCGCUCAGAGCGCACCCAACGCGGCUGCGGGACGGCCGCGGGGGUCGCUGUCACGCCUGGAUGCGCAGAUGGAUGGACGAUGAACGGAUGGACGGCUCUCGUGUCUCACCUUGGGAGCAAAGUUCAGUAUGCAAUGCCUGACCCUUGACCUCUGACCUCUCUGAGAGACCCCUUGAGGAGGAAACGAGUUCUGAGGAGAGAUGGAAGGUGGAGGAGAGAAGGAGAGCCGAGAAGAGCCUGAAACCUCCUCCGGGCUUGGGAGCGUCUCACGGAGAGGAGGAGGAGAAGCCUGCAGACAAAAUGGCCUGAUCAACACGCACAGGCUGGGGGCGGAGCCUCGGGAGGUGCUACUGUCAGUGUACUCUGCUCCUCAGUAUCAGGGUCACGUGGUGGUGAGCGCCUCCCCUCAGCAGGAGCACAGCAGGGGUCCUCCCCAGCUUCUGAACCCCAGCGCUCUCCUGCCCCAGCAUGGGGUGCCAGACCCUCGCCUCAGGCCGGCCCCCGGCCUCUUCCUGUGCCCGGAGAGUGUCCUGCGGGCCUGGGGGGAGGCCGGGGGAGGCGACUGCUGUGAGACCACCUUCAUCGAGGGACUUGGACCAGAAGCCUCCUCUUCUUCUGCCGCCGCCGUCUCCACGAAGGAGGUGCUGCUGUUUGCUGACGGGAAGUAUCUGGAGUUCUCUGGUGAGGAGGCAAAGAUUCACACGCUGUCCUAUGACAUCGACGACGAUGACGACUUCCAGGAGCUCGAGAGCGAUUACUCCAGUGAAUCAGAGAGCGAGGACGCCUUCCUGCUGAUGCCUCCCAGAGAUCACCUGGGCCUCAGCGUCUUCUCCAUGCUCUGCUGCUUCUGGCCGCUCGGCAUCGCCGCCUUCUACCUGUCACACGAGACCAACAAGGCAGUGUCCAAAGGAGACUUUCACCUGGCCAGCUCCAGCUCCAGGCGGGCUCUCUUCCUCGCCGUCCUGUCAAUUACCAUCGGGACAGGUAUCUAUGUGGGCGUGGCCGUGGCGCUCAUCGCCUACCUCUCCAAGAAUCACCACUGGUAGCCCAAGACCACGGAGCGAACCCUCACCUUCCCCUGGAGUUCAGCUCCCCAGUGAGUGUUUCAGCAUGUUGGCCGUCAUCUCGAACUGGAGGACUUCCUGUGAGCGCACGAUGGCGUCGGACACGCCGCUGUGCUGUUCUGAAGAGCCAAUCGGAUCCAAGGAGAGGAGAUGUGUGAGAACAAAGAACCAGCAGCAUUUUUAAAGCUUCUGCUGGCGUUGCAGUUUGUUUAAAAGAACAUUUUUGGUGUGAUUACUCUCAUUUCCAUCACUUUAACUGCACCUGCAUGAAAAGUUCCUCAUUACUGUUGCAGGACGUGAAUCAAAAAGCUCGAAUGAACCCUGGAGGUGAUGCUAACGUUCAGGGUGUCACAGUUUCUCUCACAGCAAGUUUUUAAUGUCAGAUGUUCAGCCUGAAUAAAAGGAGGAGUUUAUAGGAACACCAUCAGCAGCACUAAUAAGUUAAAUAUUUAUAUCCUGCUCUGUGGCAGGAAACCAUCAGCUCACCUGGUUCAGCUCUGGACUUCACCUGUUGGCCUCCAUGUAACACCUGUGAGACCUUUUUGGAUUUCAUUCUUCUUUUGUAAAUUUGCUCUCUUCACACUUAAAGACAUAAAAGGCUAAAUGGGACCAAACUGUAACAGGAUCUACAGAGAUGAUAAACACAAGAGUGUGAAGGGAGAGAUCACCACACACCUGUGCUCAGGUGGACUCGGCUGCUUCCUGUUUGCAUAUCAGGACAAAGACUUUUUAUUCAUUUAUUUAUAUUUUUGGACAAACUGCUGAACUCUGUCAGCUGAUCCGAUGACCUCAUCGUGUCCUUUUGGCUUUAAACCAACACAGAAACACCAACAACCCACCGGCUGGGACGCCGUGUCCGAGGGUAGAGACACAUUAUCACCUGUCAUGGUCUCUGCAGGUUCAGCAUCCGGAGGUCAGGCUGGGCCUUCAGUUAACAUCUGUGUUCAGUUUGGUUAUGAAAUGUGGACAAAUUCAUUUAUGAUUCUUUCUUAUUGUCUGUUUGUUUUCAUGCACACUGAUUCUUCUCUUUGAAAGUCUACAGACUUCUGGUCCAGAAUCAGGACGUCUCAGUGAAUAUUCAGCAGAAAACCUUAAAAGGAAGUGUUGUAAUCAUGGUCCUAAUGCAGGACCCUGAUUGGUGGAUGUGUAAGACAGGUACUCGGGUCCUCGUCUACAGGUGAGCACUGGGCAACGACGUGUCAUAGCCAUGUGUGGACAUUCAGAAAAUGUUUUGUAAGAGUAUCGGUGCGGGAACGUUGUGGGGGGUUUGUCCGGGUGUUUCUGAUGUUCAAGUCCAAAUAAGUUUGUCUGGAUGUCCAACUGCAGAUUUCUGUCUAGAACUUUUAUUCUUUUGUUCAUCCACAGAUCUGAUUGUGAUUUUUGGGCUGGCCUCUCUGCUACACCCUUGGUACUGCAGGUUUGAUGGUGGACUUUAAACGAAAAACAAAAAUCCUUUGAGUGAUAUGGGAACACAUGAGUCUUUAGACGUCCACUGAUGUCCACUGAUGUGUGAACGUACUGUGGAUUCUACAUCUGUGUCAAACUUCAGAGGUUUUAAAACAUCAAGUUUCAUUUUGAGGGCAUCGAUCCGGGAUUGUUAUUGAGAGUCUUUAAGUCUCAGUCUCCGUGGUGCAGACCACCUUUAUCUUUCGGUAAACAAAACCUUGCGUCUUUCUCUUUGGUCCUGAUCUUUGUUGGACACAAUGUCCGUUCACAAUCUUUGCUGAAGGCCGUCAGAAAUCCAAGAGUCUCAAAACUGAUGUUGAAUCUCCACCAACAUCUGAAACCAGUCUGGUGUUUGCAUGUCUGCACACUCCUUUUUAGGAAGUCCACCCAGGUCCAUCCAGGUCCCUUACUGAAGGCUGUACAUGUCCAAAACAAACUGAGCUCAUGGUGAUCCUUCAUAGAGAAACUGUUAAACCAGGGGUGGCAACUCCAGACCUCGAGGGCCGGUGUCCUGCAGGUUUCAGAGGUGUCCUUGAUCCAACACAGCUGAUUCAAACGGCUGAAUGACCUCCUCAACAUUUCUUGUAGUUCGCCAGAGGCUGGCAAUGACCUAAUCAUUUGAUUCAGGUGCGAUAUCUAAAACCUGCAGGACACCGGCUCUUGAAGCCUGGAGUUGCCCACCCCUGUGUUAAACACACAUAUCAGCUAUACAGGCUUUGUGAAGGUCACAAACUCAAAGUCCAUCCAGCACUCGUGUUGAACUGUGAAACCGACUGUGUCCAUGAUGAGUCAUUAUUUCCCAGCACAAACCUUCAGAGCUGCAGUGAAACCAAACAGAAGAACACCUACACAUGUUCCUGAAACUCUGAUAACAAUCGCUGCUGUCAGACCCUGAAGAAUUAUCUGUUAAUGACUCCGCCCACCCAGGAGGACCAUCUACCACACCUGAUUCACUGCUAAGCUAACCUUCAAGCUAAUCGGGCUCUGACUUCAGACCAUCGGAUAGAGUCUGCAAAUCCUGAGUGGAUACUAAAGCCUGUUUUUAAUGAUAGUAAAGUCAGACUGAAACAGUCGUUGGCUGUUAUGGAUUUCUAAAAUUAACGGGAUGAGUCUCGUGCAUUUCUUCACUGAAAUCAAGCAGAAUGACCCUUUAAUCAGAGGUUCACUUCAGGUUUAAGCUGCAGGUGUGGCUCUGCAGGUGUUCAGAUGGGUGCUUUUGUUUGGCGUGUAGGCGUACAGUGGCCGUGCAGCCACUGGGUAACGUAGCGGGAUCGUUAUGAUUGUUAAAAAGCUGCGGUGCGCUUUACCAGCCUGGACUGGAAACAGGAAAUGGUCAUCCUUGGCAGCUUCAAAGUCUGGGCUAAAGGGCUGCAACCCUCAUCACUCAUGCUGUCCGCACACGCUCACUGAAUGUGUUUGACUUUAGCAUCUGCUGAAUGUUUCAGAUUGAACUCUUAAUAAACGUCAGAACUAAAGGAGCUUUUCAUCAAACCUCCUGUUUGCUGUCUGUCAGUUGUUUGACUCUUAGCCUAACAUGCUAAGCUACAUGAGCUUAUAACUUCCUGCCCAGCUACAAAUCAAACAGCUGCUCUGGUUAGCUGCUUUUAAGACUUCCUGGACUUUAAGUGGUCGCUAAUAAAAAUGUAAAUGUU